GCGAAUAAGAGGUCCGGCGCGACCCUAUAGGACCUGCUACCUGACGCCCCAAGCGAUAUAUAUAGUCCUGCCUGUCCUGGCAAUCAGCAUCAGUUGACAACGAACAGUCGAAGUGACAACAUCAUCUCUGAGACAUUUCUGAAUACUUUGAAAAAUAAACAUCAUCCAAAAAUGGGCGUAACACAGUCAGUGGAGAACGUGAAGAGCAGCGAGGACACCACUGUGGCGGCUGCUGGACCUGGCGGCAUGUGCUGCCUCUUGCCACGCCCUCGUCUGAGGGGCCUGCUCAGCAAGAUCCAGAGGAUCCUCCGCAACAAAGUCAGCAUCUCAUCGAGGAAGCACAAGAGUAAGCUGAGCAAGUUGAGCCGAUCCCGCUCCAAGUCGAACCUUCUGCGUCCCAUGCCCCGGUGCUCAUCCUUCGGAUCCUGCGGCACCCUGCUGACCACCGCCAGGGGAACUGGGCUGACCACCAUGGACCGCCACUACGCACAGUGGAAGUGCAGCUUCGAGCACUCAAUUGGCCAGGAGAAGCGUCCGCUUCACGACAUCAGCGAGGCUAUCGCCGGGCAGGUCACUCCCCACGGCUUCCCCUCCCACACGGACGCUCGCCGCUGCCUCCUCCCCGAGUCCGAGGACUCCCUGCCAGAGUCGCCGCUGUACGAGGCGAAGGUGCGCCGCCGGAUCAGCCUGCGCAUUCCAGUCCAGGCACGCCCUCUAGUGCGUCGGCCCUCUGCCCGCCAAAGGGCCGCCCAGGCUAGGAUGGAAGCCCAGAUCCAGAAGGACCUGUGCGACCUGGAGGACUACUACGGUGGCUUCCACUUUGCCCAGCGCAACGAGCGCUUGGUGCGCAUCUAGGACUCUAUUUUUAAGGACUCUAUAACCAGGACCCAAUUGAACAACUAUUUUUUGUAUUUUUUUUUGUAUUGUAAAGCCAACAUUGUGAUAGCUUGUAAGCCCAAGGACUUGAAUAAAAUUCGCAUAUUAAGAUUUGAAAUUUAAAA